GGCGCACCGGGUUGCCGGUAGCUGUCCCGGGCUCGGAGUGUCUCGUGCGACGGCUAGUGCCUCCCUCGGGUGUCUGCGCCCUCGUUGGCUGCCCGCGGCCGCCGGCGAAGUUCACCUGUAGUUCGGAGGCGCCCCCGGUCCAUGGAGAAGGGCCCGGUGCGUGCGCUGGCGGAGACGCCGCGGGGCGCCCGGUGCAGCAAUGGGUUCCCUGAGCGGGAGCCGCCGCGGCCCGGACCCAGCCGGCCGGCGGAGAAGCCCCCGCGGCCCGAGGCCGGAGGCGCGCCGACUGCGGACGGCUGGAAGGGCGAGCGGCCGCGCAGCGAGGAGGAUAAUGAGCUGAACCUCCCCAACCUGGCGGCCGCCUACGCGUCCAUCCUGCGCUCGCUGGGCGAGGACCCGCAGCGCCAGGGGCUGCUCAAGACGCCCUGGAGGGCGGCCACGGCCAUGCAGUUCUUCACCAAGGGCUACCAGGAGACCAUCUCGGAUGUCCUCAAUGAUGCUAUCUUUGAUGAAGAUCACGACGAGAUGGUGAUUGUGAAGGACAUAGACAUGUUUUCCAUGUGUGAGCAUCAUCUGGUCCCAUUUGUGGGAAAGGUGCAUAUCGGUUAUCUUCCUAACAAGCAAGUCCUUGGCCUCAGCAAACUUGCCAGGAUUGUAGAAAUCUACAGUAGAAGACUACAAGUUCAAGAGCGCCUUACGAAGCAAAUUGCCGUGGCGAUCACAGAAGCCUUGCACCCUGCUGGAGUUGGGGUGGUGGUUGAAGCAACACACAUGUGCAUGGUAAUGCGAGGGGUGCAGAAAAUGAACAGCAAGACUGUGACCAGCACCAUGCUGGGCGUGUUCCGGGAGGACCCCAAGACUCGGGAAGAGUUCCUGACUCUCAUCAGGAGCUGAGCGCCCGCCCGCAAGUGCCGCGUGCUCUGUAGGGCCUGUGGACUUGUCCGUCUGCUCUCCGUUGUGUGUGUAUUUGCCGUGAUGUUUGUUCCUUGUCCAUAAUUGUAUUUAAAGAAUUAUUUAUAGAAAGUCAAAUAAAAUAAUUAAUAAAGGGGUGAGUCCUCUACUUUCUUCCUGCCACCUUUUGCCGGCAACACUAGUGAGAACAGUGAUGGAAAUUAUGUGCACAACACCACUGCCACUUGGCUAACUGGAGGCUGCUGGGAAAGAGGAGAAUUUGCCCGUUUCCUGAAUAGUGUGGGCCCAUGACCCAAGCUCAGGAGGGCUGGGGUGGCCAGAACUCUGCCCGAUCUGCUGGUGUUUCCUCCUCUGAUAAAACCUGGGCCACAGUAAGCCUGUGUCGUGUGCAUCGCUGCUCUGUGAGUUCCAAGUGCAACUGCGAUCAUGUUUAUUGAAACACCAGGGACAUUUUCCCUGUGUAUAUUUUUAUUUUUUAGCCCUCCAGGUGUUGUGUUAGUCACCAGGGGAAGGUGGUGGAAUAUCCAUGGUUUUGAUUUACUGUGAGUUCAAAAAGGCACAUGUCUACCUUCUUUCUUUUUAAAUUCAAGCGCAGGGUCUUAGUUCCUGGAGUUGUUUAUGCGUGGCUUCUCAUGUCAACAUACAGGGAUUUAGACAUUGAACUCUCUGUGCCUUUGAGGAGAAUAUCACGCCAUGUAAAGUGUGGACACUUAGGCCUUUUAUUUUAUAAGGCUCAGUCUUGACCCUGCAAAGAACUGGUCUUCACACUUUGACCUUUAGGGGUUCCUUGUGAGCUUACUUUGUGCGUCCCUCGUAGGUGCCUUAAAACAUUUUACUUUUGAUCUUAUGAAGUGGUUUUCUAAGACCUUCCCAACACCUGAGGCUGCCUGUCAUGGUCAGUGUGCAGAAGCUGGCGUGGGCUCCGGGCGUCAGGAUGUGUGCCCACUGCUCUUGCAUUGCACCACUCCCGGAAGCGCCCGGCCUUGAGUUCGCCUGGGGUCCACAUGGGUCUUGUCUUGGGUGUGACUCAGGGCGGUGAUGUAGGAUUGUAGUCCCGUGAGUCAUUGCCUUGCUCAUAGAUUUCCUCUCCUGGGGCAGCAUGGGCCAAAUGAAACCAUAGAACCCCAGCCUCCCCUCAAACACAGAACCUCAAACACAGCCCCCCAGGAAAUCCUCACUGAUUGACACAUGCUCUUCAAAUUGAUCCCAUUUCCUUCAGAUGAAUUAACUGCCUUGCUGGUUUUCACUUGGCAUCCUGUCUGCCAAUUUAAUGCUUUUUAGCUCAUCAUGGGACAAGGUAGCAGAGGUUUUAUUUUAUUUUACAUUUUCCCCUACUUCCCGCAUUUCCUGGAUUUUUCUGUAUUUGGAGUUUCUGUGGUACAGUGGUGAUUUUUGAAUUCCUUUAAAUUUCGAAGCUGGUGUAAACAUCAGCCCGCUUAAUGUUUAGACAUUUAUAGGGAGAGCUCUAAGCACUCAACUUGUGUUUGGUGUGUUCAAGUCAAAACAAAUGUAACUUGGAGGAACCAAAGACAUUGUUAACUAUGAAUUCAUCUUUCUGAGGCCAUGUGUAUCCUUUUUCAUGACUGUCUUAACGUUCCCUUGUAAUGUUCUUAUAAAAGUGUGAUGUAGCCACAGGCUCUUGUUUUGUUGGUCAGUGUCAUGUCUGUUCCACUGUCCUGUGUCCUGCUUCAAAAUGACAUUUUCAUAUCCUUGACAUUGAGUCCAUUUGGGGGAUUUUUUAAAGAAUUUAAAUAUACUGUUCAAUGAAAUUGUUAGCAUUUCCUGUAUGUGUGUGUGUUGGUGUGUGUAUGCUCCUGAAGUAGCUCUGUUUAAAUUAUUAAAUUGUUAUAACUUUGUUCUUGUGAAGUAAUUUCUUUUUCAACCGCCAGGAUAAACAUCAUAUUAGAUUAUUUUGAUUAUAUUCUGCUUUAGCAAUAAUACCCGUUACAAGGGUUUUCCUAGCCAUGAAGCUCUCAGAAUGGAAAUCUCAAUGGUAGCACAAAGUAACCCUGGGCUCUGGCUGUUUCUCUUUGCUGUGGGUUGGGGGUCUUACUGCCUUCACCCUCUUGCUGGUUACGGGGUGGGAGACCUGGGUGAGGGUCGAACCUCAGAGGCCCUCACAGCCCUGUUGUCCAUCCCUACAUUGAGGUAACCGCAGCCUUCUGAGAAGUGGCCCUGCCUCUUGUGUGGGCUGUAGGGAUGGCGGCGCCUGGUGGGACAAGGAGAGACCAGGGCUUCCUCCCCUUUCCUAGGAAGAGUGCACCCUGGGCAAACUGGAGCAGGUGCAAAGGGUCUUGCUGCCACCUGUCUGUCCCAUGCCCAGUGACCUCCAUUCCCCCUUGUUAGAAGUUGUCUCCUUAUUCCCGGCUCCCUCUGGGCAAGGCUCCCACCCUCACUGACGGUCGUCAUGUGCAGGUGCUGGGGCCCCAGAGCAGCUGCUGAUGCCGGCAGGGUGCUGCACGCUGUUGGGCAGCCAAUCUUGUCACCCCGGCUAGGAUCGCUUGCUGGUAAAGCCACCUCUCAGAGAUGCCAGAGCAGUGAGCCGCUCAGCUAAGUCCAAGGCUACUGACCCUGAAGACUGAUUGGUUUGUUUCUGAGCUGGUCACUCAGCGGAGGAGGGGUUGCAGAUCUCACAGGUCUUAAAGAUGCAUCUAUUUGAAAGGUGGAGGGAGAGAGAGAGAGGGCGAGGGCGGGCGAGCACUUUAAAUCUGCUAAUUUAUUCCCCAAGGCCUAUAACAGCCAGAACUCAGCCAGGUGGAAGCCAGGAGCCAGGAACUGCAUCUGGGUUCCCAUGUGAGUGGCAGGAACCUAAGUUCUAGGGCCAUCACCUGCUGCCUCCCAGGCACAUUAGCAGGAAGCUGGAUUGGAAGCAGAGGUGGGACUCUUCCAGGCACUCUAUACGGGAUGUGAGCAUUCCAAGCGCUGGUUUAACCUGCAGCGCCACGACGCUGGCUGCCCGGUUUUUAGGAAGGCUUUCCACGGACACAGAGGACUUGGAUUCUGCGGGAGAAGCUGGAUCGCCUGCUGCUGCCGUGGAGUGUGAAGUGUGGAGGCGUCACAACAGGAGUGUUCAAGGUGAAGUGUGGAUACCCGGGCAGCCCAUUCCUCCCGGGGGCACCUGCUUUAUUCCAGUUUCCAUGACGGAAAAUAAAAACUGCACAACAGUCAGGGGACAAGCCCUCGUGGACUCCUUGCUCAGCUUCUAGAAGUCUGAAAUCAUGGCCUCUUGUUCCUUCUAUACCUUCACUCCCUCUGGGAUCAUUUCACAGCACACCCCAGGACAUGACGUCAUUCACAUGUUUCAUGUCAUUUUGCAUGAAGUGGAAUCAUGCAAAAAAAUACAAAACUAGAUGCAUCCACUGGCACAAAAUAUGAAGUCUUUAGUGACAGACAUCUGGUCAGCAUACAGUUUCCCCCUAGUGUUUCAUACUUGAGUAGUUUAUUGGAAUCAAGGUACACAUGAGAUCCGUACAUGAUAUUGGUAUCUCUGAAAGUUUCUUAUGGACUCUUCUCCUGGUUCCCCGUUGAUGAGGUCAUUUGCAUUUGGAGAAGCCCUGCUUUUGCCCCGUGAAUGUGCACCUGCUGGGGCGUCUGUGGCUGGCUGAAUGCCGCAGAGGGCAGCUAAGUAGAGAAGUGUUGAGUUGGUUUCUGCCUCAGACUCCUCCAUAUCCCUCAACUGCUGCACCUGAGGCAGCCAGCCUGGGCUGGGUCUGUCUGGCCCUUCAUUUGGACAUAGAUCUCUCUGCUUGGAAACCCAGAGCUGCCCCCCAGCUAUGGAGCAGCCCGCCUGCCUUUUACUGGCUCUGUCCUUUUCAGGCCGGCUUCAGUUGUGCAGUGUGGACCACAUGGCUGCUCUGGCUUCAGCUCGGGGCCUUUCUGGGCUGCCAAGCUUUUGGUUAAGGCAGGAAGGGUUAUUACAAAACUGGAAACAGUGCAGCAUUGCAGGACGUGACGUCACUUUGAGGGCCGCUCCCUGGGAAAUUCCAAGAUUUCGGUUGGACAGGAGGUGUGCUUGGGCUUCUCCCAUCCUCGGCUGCUUCGGUUCCAUUUCCGUGCCCUUCUGAGAGACAGUGUCUGGCCAAUGUGGGCAGUGUGUCCACACCUCUGACCUUUGGAGAAGUCCUUAACUUCCGGAACGGACUGUGCUGCCCAGAGAAGCGUCGUGUCCCCGUUGGUGAGCGAGGCGGAGGCGUGUGCGGGAUCCCUGCGGGAGCCGCCUGAACACGGGGAGCCCUCGCGGAGGCUGCGGGUGCCCUCCUGGGUUUAGGAUGUGGUUUUCUUCUUCCUCUUGCCUGGAGCUGCCUACAUUUGCAAAUGUGCCAGACAGAAAGACGAAUGAGAUCGCCCCCGCCCCCGUUUGCCUUUUUGUGGGAUUUCCAUCGUAUGUGUGAUGAUACUGAUGUUUAGUGUCAUAGUCUAUGCUGGCUGGCAGAAUUAGUGAGAGAGAGAGAAAAGCCUUCCUUCCGGUGGUUCAUCCCCCAAAUGGCUGCUACGGCUAAGCACACUGCGCUGACCGAAGCCAGAAGCCAGCAAAGCCAUGGCGGUGGCAGGAUGACACCUGAAGAGAGCCUGGGGGUUUCGUCUGGUGGAAAUCAUUAACCUGGUAGCGCCUGAGCUACUGAGCAGUGAGUAUGAAGAGAGGAAGCAGAAGCCACACGUUUAGCCCCCUCCUCCAAGAGGACCUGCCACGGUGGAAGUGAGGCAAAGGGGCUGUAUCCAGAGGGGGUAGAGCCAUAGAGAGAGACAGAGAAAGAUCUUCCUUUCAUUGGUUCACUCCACAAAUAGCUGCUAUGGUCAGAGCUAUGUUGAUCUGAAGCCAGGAGCCACAUGGGUGCAGGCGCCCAAGCACUUGGGCCAUCCUCCACUGCCUUCCCAGGCCACAGCAGAGAGUUGGACUGGAAGAGGAGCAAUCGGAACUAGAGCCCGUCACCCAUAUGGGAUGCCGGCGCCGCAGACGGAGGAUUAACCAAGUGAGCCACGACACUGGCCCCACACAGCAUAAUUUCUUCAAGGUUCAUCCAUGUCAUCACAUGUUGAAGAAUUUCAUUCUUUUUGAUGGCUGACUAAUAGUCCACUGUGUGUAUGAGUAUAUACCAUAUUAUCUUUAUCCUUUUGUCGGUAAAUAUUUAAAUAUUUAUUUUGUUUAUUUGAAAUACAGAGUUACAGAGAGAGGUAGAGACAGAAAGAAGGAGAGGUCUUUCAUCCGCUGAUUAACUCCCCAAAUGGCCAUAACAGGCAGAAUUCAGCUGAUCCAAAGCCAGGAGCCAGGAGCCAGGAGCUUCUUCCUGGGAUCCCACAUGGGUGCAGGGGUCCAAGGACCUGGGCCAUCCUCCACUGCUUUCCCAGGCCCAUUAUCAGGGAGCUGGAUCAGAAGUGGAGCAACUGGGACUUGGACUGGCGUCCAUAUGGAAUGCCAGUGCUGCAGGCCAGGGCUUUAACUCGCUGUGCCACAGUGCCAGGCCUGUCAGUAAAAAUUUAUGUUGUUUCUAUGUCUUGGUUCUAUUGUAGAUGAGAUUGUUUUCCUAAUUUCUUUUUCAGAUAGUUUGUUAGUGUAUAGAAAUGCAACUUAUUGCAGCUCAAUUCACAAUAGCUAAGACAUGGAAUCAACCUAAAUGCCCAUCAACAGAAGACUGAAUAAAGAAAUUAUGGGAUAUGUACUCUAUAGAAUACUAUAUAGUGUGGCCGGCGCCGUGGCUCACUAGGCUAAUCCUUCUCCUUGCGGCGCCGGCACACCGGGUUCUAGUCCCAGUCGGGGUGCCGGAUUCUGUCCCGGUUGCCCCUCUUCCAGGCCAGCUCUCUGCUGUGGCCAGGGAGUGCAGUGGAGGAUGGCCCAAGUGCUUGGGCCCUGCACCCCAUGGGAGACCAGGAUAAGUACCUGGCUCCUGCCAUCGGAUCAGCGUGGUGUGCCGGCCGCAGCGCGCUGGCCGCGGCAGCCAUUGGAGGGUGAACCAAUGGCAAAGGAAGACCUUUCUCUCUGUCUCUCUCACUAUCCACUUUGCCUGUCAAAAAAAUAAAAAAAUAAAAAAAUAAAAAAAUACUAUAUAGUGGUAAAAAAAAAAAAAGAAAUCUGGAAAUCUGGUCAUUUGCAACAAAA